GCUGACGAGGCAGAGAAGAGUCUCUCCAGAUCAGAACACCAGAUGGGUUACCAGGACAACGCUAGCCCUUCCGUCCUCCCGGAGUUCCCGUGUUGUGCCUCUUCUGGUAGCGCCUUACUGCUGGGUAUGAAGAGGUUGUCUGUGCUGCUGGUGGACUGCAGGAAAACAACGGGGCUGAGUGGAACUGUGAGAGGAGGAGGAGAGAAGAAAGGAUCAGAUUUGACUCAUCAAAGAGGAAAACCAACCUUGGAGGAACCAAAGACGUCCAACCCAGCAAGACGACACCUCUGCUCCCAUUGUGGAAAAAGUUUUAACCAGUUAGUUAGAUUGAAAAGACAUGAGAGGGUACACAUAAGAACGAAGCCACUCCAUUGCUCCCAGUGUGGAAAGAGUUUUAAGCGGUUAGACACCCUCAAAGCUCAUGAGCGAAUACACACAGGGGAGAAGCCAUGCCAUUGCGCCCAGUGUGGAAAGAGUUUUACCCAAUUAGGAAGCCUGAAAGAACACAUGAGACUGCACACAGGGGAGAGGCCUUACCACUGCUCCGAGUGUGGAAAGAGUUUUAAUCAGUCAGGAAGCCUGAAAGCUCAUGAGCGAAUACACACAGGGGAGAAGCCUUACCACUGCUCCCAUUGUGCAAAGCGUUUUAUCCAAUUAGGAAGCCUGAAAGAACACAUGAGAGUGCACACAGGGGAGAAGCCUUACCACUGCUCCCAGUGUGCCAAGCGUUUUACCCAUUUAGGAAACCUGAAAGAACACAAGAGACUGCACACAGGGGAGAAGCCUUACCACUGCUCCCGGUGUUCAAAGCGUUUUACCCAUUUAGGAAACCUGAAAGCUCAUGAGCGAAUACACACAGGGGAGAAGCCUUACCAUUGUUCCCACUGUGGAAAGCGUUUUAACUAUUCAGGAAAGCUGAAAGAACACAUGAGACUGCACACAGGGGAGAAACGACACCUCUGCUCCCAAUGUGGAAAGAGUUUUAACCAGUUAGGAAGCCUGAAAGCUCAUGAGCGAAUACACACAGGGGAGUUGCCUUACCACUGCUCCCAGUGUGGAACUAGGUUUACCAGAUUAGGAAGCCUGAAAAGACAUGAGAGGAUACACACAGGAGCGAAGCCACACCAUUGCGCCCAGUGUGGAAAGAGUUUUAACAAGUUAGGAAACAUGAAAUCUCAUGAGCGAAUACACACAGGGGAGAAGCCUUACCACUGCUCCCAUUGUGGAAAGAGUUUUAGAGAGUCAGGAAACCUGAACGCGCAUAAGCGAAUACACACAGGGGAAAAGCCUUACCGCUGCUCCCACUGCGGAAAGCGUUUUAACCAUUCAGGAAAGCUGAAAGAACACAUGAGACUGCAUACAGGGGAGAACCCUUGCAAAUGCUCAGACUGUGGGAAGACAUAUUACUCAUCACGGUCACUUAAACGUCAUGUGAGAAUCCACACGGGAGAAUAA